CCCAUGGCGUUAAUUACCUCUCUCUUUCAACAACAAACACAGUCCCACAUAGCGCAGGUUUUUUUUUAUUUUUUAUUUUUUUAUUUGCUGAGCCGUGUGCAUUCACGUGAGUCCGUGAGGUGAAGUAAGACAGUAUAUAUAUCCCUUCAUCCACCCAGCCAGCCCGACAGAAAUCGAAGAAGGAAGCUAAGAUCAGGACGAGAGUACUUACAGAGCAUCCAACGUUUUCACCAUGUCCUAUCCCACACAAAACCACCAUGAAAGUGCCUACAUGUCUUUGAUGAAAGGCUUGAGCGAGCUGAACCUCCAAGGCAGUACUGUUCCCAGCGACCUAGUUCUGACUGGAGACCAUGCAUUUCCUUUAGCAAUGAACAGUCAAGGCCACGUCCUGAUGGCUGCCUCUCUGUACGGCUCUGGAAGGAUUGUGGUCCUGGGUCAUGAGAGCUACCUGACUGCCUUUCCUGCUCUCAUAGAGAACGCUCUGAUGUGGCUGCAAGGAGAUGGAUCUGACAACCUGUGUGUGGGGGUCCACAAAAAUGUUAUGGGAGUUGCUGAUAACCUCAGCAACUCCGUCUUCCAAGCCAAAGUUGUCGAGGCCUACAGUGACAACCUGGGUGUAGGUGUGUAUGUGACUGAUGCCUACAGUGUGGGUGCGAACGUGAAGGACCUGGUGGCAUUCAUGAAAGCUGGAGGAGGAGUGCUGAUAGGGGGUCAGGCGUGGAGUUGGGCUGCAGAUCACCCUAAAGAAAACACGCUGCUUCAGUUUGAAGGAAACAAAGUUUCAGCUGUGGCAGGGAUCUACAUCUCUGAUCAUCGGGGUGAGGCAGAGUGCCUGCCUGUCUUCCCACAGAUUCCAUCCUCCUGGAUGUCUGCAGUAAUCGGUAAGGAUUUUGAGGAUGACCUAGAGUUCUUACUCAAGGGUGUGUCAGAGUUUGACCUCCAAGGUGGAUCAAUUGCUUCUGAAGUUCUGGUCCACGGCCCGCUAGCCUUUCCCAUUGGGACCACAGGCGAUGGACGAGCAUUCCUGGCGGGAGCCUACUAUGGGCAGGGACGGGUCAUUGUGGUUACACAUGAAGGAUUUCUAGGACGAGAGACACUGGCUCCAUUUUGGAUCAAUGCCAUUCAUUGGUUGGAUGAAGGCCGGCAGGGGGUCGUUGGUGUAGAGCCCGGCUACCUAGUCGACACCCUCAGCAAAUCAGGGUUAAACUGUGAGAAGUCAAACUUCAGGAAAGACCUGAGUGUGUUUGUGUGUACAGCAUACAGAGAUGAUCAUGCACAGGAAAUCCAAGACUUUGUGGCAGAGGGAGGAGGCCUGCUGAUUGGUGGACACGCCUGGUACUGGGCACAGACACACCAUGGGCAAAACGCAUUAACAGAUUUCUCAGGAAACAAGAUCCUGAACAAAAUGGGCUUGAGUCUGUUGGGGGCAACAAUUGGUGGAGGAUUAUACAAGGCCCCUGUUCCCAGCCAGGCCAUCAAAGACACCUACCACUUCCGCCACCUUCUACAUUGCUUCGCUGGCCAUGUAAACCAGGGGAAGGAACUCAGCAAGCAUGAAGAGGAAUGUCUUACAAAGCUGGGCCAGGACUGUGCCAACUACUUGCACAUGAAUGCUCAUGACUCCUCCUACUAUGCACAAGUGGUGUCCACUCUCACCGACAUUGUAAAGAAGUCAGGCAUGCCACAGGUGAGUGACAGCUGCCCUGUGAAGAGUCCCAAAGACCACCUGCUCCUCAAUGUGGCGACAGAGGUAUACAAGGUUUCCAAGGAUCCUGAUGCCCUACUGCCCUACCUCAUCAAGCAUAAUCCCUUGAUGCCUGUUGUCUACAACCACAGAAUCAAGAUUAAUGUGAACACAGCAGAAGGGGACGAGUGGAUCAGUACAGGUCUCUACCUCUCUCCUGGUAUGAAGACCUACAUGGCCAUACCACCAGAGAUUGUCAACAAGGAUUGGAAGAUCCAGAUUGGUUGUCAAACAGACAGACUCAGUUCUCAAGAGUUGAAGAGAGCACCAUGUGUUCAUGAACGAUUCACUGUUGACUCAGAGAUGAUGCAAGUGUGGAACCUGUGGGGAGGACUCAUCUAUCUGAUAGCCCCACCCAAAACACAAGUGAAUGGGAUGGAGGCCACAGUGCAGAUGGCUGUACCAGCACCAUAUUACAAAUCUGGUGUGACAACAGCUGCUGAGUGGUCGUUGCUCCGCAAAGCUCCUGCACCAUGGGCAGAGUUGGAGUUUGACAACAUCAUCCUGACUGUACCAUCCGAUUAUGUUCGUAACCUGGAGUGUCCUGAUGAGUUGGCAGCGCACUGGAAUGAGAUCAUGAAGGCCGUUGCUGACCUGGCUGCUAAACCACACAAAUUUCCCCGGAAAGAACGCUUUGUCACAGAUGUGCAGAUUUCCCAUGGUUGGAUGCAUGCAGGUUAUCCUGUCAUGGCAUACAAGGCCUCAGCACCUGAGCUGGUCGGCGUUACCAAUGCUCGGAGCAAAGGUAUUUGGGGCCCCAUCCAUGAACUGGGACACAACCAGCAGAGAAGCUGCUGGGAGUUGCCACCCAACACCACAGAGGCUACAUGCAACCUGUGGUCAGUGUAUGUGCAUGAAGAGGUGCUCGGGAUCAACAGGGCAAAGGCUCAUCCAUGUUUGACUGUAGAAAAUAGAAACAGUCGAAUAAAGGAGUAUGUUGAGGGAGGCAAGAAAAUCAACAGCUGGUCAGUGUGGCUGGCUCUGGAGACAUAUUUGCAGCUCCAGGAGAAGUUUGGCUGGGAUGGUCUGAAGAAGGUGUUUGCUGCCUACCACCAGAUGAGCAACUUUCCAAAAAACAAUGAAGGAAAGAUGAACCUGUAUGCUGAGACUUUCUCCAAGACUGUGGGGUUGAACCUGACUGGAUUCUUCAAGGCCUGGGGUUGGCCUAUCGAAAAAGCCACUGAAGAGAAACUCUCCAACCUGCCUCCGUGGAGUGACCAUCCCAUGGCCCAGUAUGUCUGAACUUCAAACUGCUGCAGAUUAAAAGUGUAGUGGGAUGGGUUCAGUGAUGAUAUAUUUAACAUUAAUUAUUCAAUAGGAAUUUAACUGACUUUCUUUUCUCUUUUGCUGCUCUUGUUUUGUGCAAUAUUUCCAAAAGGAAACGGGAGUUACAUAGUUGUCUGGAUAUAUACAGCUUUUAAAUUCUUUAUCAUCUGAAGAUGAAUUAGAAAAACAGCUGAAAUGUUUUAUUUGAAAAAGCAGCAUCUAUAUCUCUGCUACUUGCUUCACUUUACCUGUCUCAAUCCCUCGUGCUUAACACUACUGUAACUUGUGCCUCAUUAUGGUGUUAUUUACUUUGACAGUACCAGUAAAAGUCACUUACAAGAAAAUGGGUUUUGUCAAAAUAACCCUACUUUUCUUAUGCCUGUGCACAUUGAAUAAUAUUCUCUACUGCCUAAUCUUAAUAUUAUGAGCAACAGUCUUAUAACUAUAUCAGAUGAACACCUGUCUAAUCUAAUGUGUAAUUUAACUACAAUAAUAUUUGCUUUUACUCUCAAUGGAUGUCAAAGACCCCACACAUGACAGCACAGAGGUGAAAGAUCACUGUGCGAGUUUGAAAAACAUUGGUUCAACCAUUUUUGCAAGCAGUGUUGAACCAAUGUGAAAUUGGUGGUCAGAUCAAUGGAAAAAACAUACAAACACCAGUGGGAUCCAUUCCAGUCCAGAAGGGUUCAAAUACUUAGUUAUAGACUUAGACAUGAUAAAGUCAAUGCAUGGAAAGUGUUACAUGCUAGUAGUGAUUGAUUGGUCACUCGGUAUUAUGUUGAAUUAGUUCAUCACAUCACUGUCCUUGCUUUUCUGGGUGUAUUGUUCAACAAGAUAAAUAUCACAUUGUCUCUUGACUCCUCAUUUUCGCCACCACAGCACAUAGAUUUCAGAAAUUGUAGAUAAAAACUAAUUAACUAACUAAUUUCAUGCAAUGAAUCUGAACUUUAAACCUUUUCAUUAGUCAUUGAAAACGCUAUCUGAUAGCCCCACCCAAAACAUGGAUGGACGGGUUCAGGGUCACUGCACCAGCACCAUAUUACAAAUCUGGUGAGUCUGUGAGUAACAGUCUAUAACUAUAUAUGAUGAACACCUGUCUAAUGUGUCUAAUGUGUAAAUUUUCUACAGUGAUAUUUGCUUUAACUGUCAAUGUCUAAGACCCAAAUAAACAAGUGCAAAUACAA